UUUCAAUAAUCAAAUGAAUUAUGCUUACAAAAGAAGCAAAAGAUCAUACAUUAAGAGUUCUUCUUAAACUAGAAAACUUUUAGCUGAAUUAGUCUUAAUUUAAGGGUUGAAUAUCAAAAAUGUAAGAAUUUGUAUAUUAAUAUAAGGCAGCUCAAAAAUUAUAGAUAAAAUACGCAACUGCAAAAUCGAUCAUCCUGUAUUACAGAUAAAAUGUGAUCAGGCAAUAAAGAAUAUGUAAUUCGACAAAAAGAUGUUCUUAUGCUUCUGCCAAAGAUGCAAUUUCUUAUACGAUUGUAUCAAAGUUAGCUGGGUAAGAAGUUAAUUCGAGAAGUAUUCAUUUCUUAAAAAUGGAUGUCACUAAAUAGCAAUGA